UGUGUGUGUGUGUGUGUGUGUGUGUGUGUGUGUGGUCGCAUUUAAACGCACCUCUCAGCUCUUUCUUCCUGCUCUCAGUCGCGACUCUGACAGAUUGAAGACGUAACUCAGUGACAGCUGUAAUGGCCAGUGAGGAAGUCAAGCAGAAGCUGCAGCACUCCAUUUUACAACGUCUGAGUUAUGACCGAUCCAGGACUCAGGGAGAGAUGGAGCAAAUCUCUGAGUGGGAAUUACAGCAGGAGCAACCAAACACACCUCCAUCUCCACAACACCAUGCCUGUGAAUGUUAUCUGAGGCACAAAACCACGGGUUGUUUAUGCAGAUGGAAGGAUUCUCGACACAACUCAUUCCAUGGCAGAAGUAACUCCAUAUAUCAGUUGUCUUCAGCCUCAGAUCAGCCUCAUCACUUGUUACAGCUGCAGUGGGACCACAGUGUACAUCAGAUGGAGAGUCUCUACGGGUCAUUGCAGGUUUGGGUCCAGGCUCCUGUCCUUGCUGCACAUGAAAACAGGUUAAACGAAUGGAUUUUCAUGAACAAUGUGUUUCUGACCACAGCUGGGUUCAACAGCCCUCAGCUAACCUCACUCCAACCGCCUGCUCCCCCAGAAGUGUCUAUCCGUAUCAGGCAGCACAGGCCUUUACAGAGUUGUCAGUCACAGCCUCUGAUCCUGAAUGAACUGCCAAGAAGAAAUUUUCAGAACCACAGCUUAAAAAUACCAGGGAGAACCUCACACACAAAACAAAGACUGUGUGUAAUCCCGGGUGUUAACCAGUGCCAACAGCACCAUCUACAGGCGGAGGAGAGAAUGCAGGAGAAGGGGAAAGGGGAAACGUUCAUGAUAGGAGAUGACAGCAGCAUGAGUUCCUCAGAUGAUUUCUGGGAAGAACCAAAAAGUAAAGAGUGGAGUUCGAGCUCGUCACAGCACAAGCAGUGGCGACACAGACCUGCUUUCAGAAUACACAACAGAGGACAUCAGUCACUGAGACAUACCCACUCCUCUCCUUCCUUCUCCUGCAAUGCUGCUGACUCUACCCCCGACCACACCCACGGAACAGGACUGGCGUAUGAUCCAAAGAUAAUGACGCAGCACUGUAUCUGUGGUGAUGUCCGGUGUAAAAUUAAACAUGCUCCGAGAAUUCCGCUGGUCUUUAAUACACUGAGGGAAAAUGGAGUCAUUAAUCAGUGUAAGUGGAUCACAGGUUCAAACGAAGAUUUCCAUAGGGAGGUUGUAAAGAGACCUUUUCAGAAAAGGCUUUUUGCUUCUUUUGGAGCGAAUCCUCUGACUGAUCAGCACCUUUCAGCACUGAGGGUAGCAGCAGGAAGUGUAAUGAACCUCAUGAUGCUCAUCACCCAGGGACAGCUGAAGAACGGCUUUGCAAUCGUACAAGCAGAUAGAAAAGACGCCUCAUGCUCAUCACACUGUACAGCAGUGGCUGAUUGUAGUCCGGUAGCGAUCGCUACUAAACUGCUCCAGCAAAAACAUGAUAAAAGAAGGAUUCUCAUUCUUCACUGGGAUGUUCAUCACUGUAAUUCAACUCAGGAAAUGUUCUACACAGACCCCAACAUUCUCCACAUCUCUCUGCAUCGCUAUGGCAAUGCCCCGCUUAGCACCGUGGGAGGACGUCCUGAUGAAGUGGGACAGGGUGAUGGAGAAGGUUUUAACGUCAAUGUGGAAUGGUCAUGUGACCGGGACCCACACAUAGGAGAUGCAGAAUACCUGGCAGCCUUCAGGACAGUGAUCAGACCCAUCGCCCGGCAGUUCUGCCCUGAAUUCAUCCUCAUCUCCACUGAGUUCAACUCCGUUGAUGGACAUCCAGAGUCUCAGAGAGGACCGAGAGUAUCUGCUCAAUGUUUCGGGCUCCUCACUCAGAACCUGAUGGAGCUCUGUGGAGGUCGUGUCAUCGUGGUGUUAGAGCGAGGUCAUGAUGUCACACCCGUGUGUGAGGCGUCCACGGCGUGUGUUAGCGCUCUGUUAGAGAAGAAGGUUGUGGAUCUGUCGGAGGAUGUUCUGAUGAAGAAGCCGUGUGCUGCUGCAGUUCAGUCUCUGUACAAAGUUCUGGAAAUCCACAGUCAGUACUGGUCAUCUGUUAGAGCUCUGAUACACACAGUUGGAGAGUCGUGGUUACAAACUGAAGGAAAACAUUCAGCGCAAACAGACACGGCCUCAGUGCUCGCCUUACUGAGUGUGAAAACACCAAAACACACCAGCUCAGAGAGCUGGAGGUUGCGUGGCGAUGGAAACGAGCCGGUGGAGCACGACGAGGACCAGGACUAAACUCUGUGAGCUCCAGGGAAGAGCCAUCCUGGAACGUUCCGGAAAAAAAUAUCCUGCAGUUCAUUUGGUCUAGAGACAAAAAAGAGUUUUCUGUAACACAUUUACACUUAAACCACAAAUCCUUCUUUAGACAGACUUCGUUUAGAUUCCUGUACAAUUUCUUUUUACAAAGAUAUUCAGCUCUUAAAAAAUGAAGGAGAGAAAAACCCCACACUUUUAUUGUAAAUAUUUCCUUUAUUUAGUUUUAAAGAAACAAAAUCAAACUAUAAAAAUCGUAUUUUACUGUAGAAUAAUUUUAUUACUGCGUUCUCAGUUCUCACUUUUAAUGACUUUUAAAAAGUUUUUCUGAAAUAUUAUUGAAGUUAAGGGUAAAAAAAAUCUAAAACUAUUAUGUGAUUAAAUUUGUAAAAUUUUUUUCUUUUUUGAAAAUGACUAACGUCUACAUUUACUUUAUUAUUAUUUUUAUGUUAGCUGAUAUUGUAGUGUGAAAUGUUGCUUUUUUUCUGUAAAAUAUCCAAAAAUCCACAUUCAGGAUUAUUUUAUUGCGCUUAUACUUCACCUGAUUAAAUAUUCACAUUUAAUUUUAUUUUAUUAAAAACAAAAUCGUACUGGUGUGAGUUUGGUUGACUGACAUUAACUCCCGUAAUGUCAGCAGGAACAUUAAUUCCGCAGGAAUGUUUCUUUUUUGUUUUUCAACUGAAUGUAAAUUUUUUAUUUUUCUUUGAAGGUGAGCCUUCAGAAGCUGAGCUUUUUCAUGAUUUCUGUAAGUGAGGAUUUGAAAUAUUUGGGAUUUUUAGCUUUUUUUGCGAUGCGCAGGUCAGAGGAAUCCAAUCAGAUAACUGAAUUCAUAAAUUUUAAAAUAAACUUUGUUGGGACUCUAGAAAAUCUUUUUUGUUUAAGUUGUCUAGACUUAAAUGAGAUUUUCACCUUUGUGUUGUAAAGUGA